AUGGUGCCUGAAAAAGAAGUCCCUGAGUGGGAGCCCUCUUCCCAGCAACAAUUCUGCAUUGUGGACAAGGAGGACAGGCCUGGUCUGGCUGGUUCCCCGGCUGAUGCUUAUCGGAACCUCUGCCUAGCUCUUCAAGGUCACAAGACGGUAACACAUCUAAGACUUCGAGGCAGUGCCCAGAGUGAUACGCUUCCUGCACUGUGUGAGGUCCUGAGGCACCCAAAAUGUAACCUGCAGUAUCUUGGGUUGGUGUCUUGUUCCGCUACCACUCAGCAGUGGGCUGAUCUCUCCUUGACCCUUGAAGUCAACCUGUCCCUGACGUGCGUGAACGUCUCCAACAGUGAGCUCCUGGAUGAGGGUGCCAAGUUGCUGUACACAACUUUGAAACACCCCAAAUGCCUCCUGCAGAGGUUGUCGUUGGAAAACUGUCACCUUACAGAAGCCGAUUGCAAGGACCUGGCUGUCAUUUUGGUUGUCAGCCAGGAGCUGAUGCACCUGUGCUUGGCCGAGAACCCCCUCGGGGAUACAGGGGUGAAGUUUCUGUGUGAGGGCUUGAGUGACCCCGACUGUAAACUACAGACCCUGAUGCUGUGGAACUGUGACAUAACCAGCAACGGCUGCUGUCACCUCGCAAAGCUUCUCCACGAAAAAUCAAGCCUAAGGAACUUGGAUCUGGGGCGGAAUGACAUAGGAGUUCCCGGAGUGCGGGGCCUAUGUGAGGCUUUGAAGAAACCACUGUGUAACUUGAAACGUCUGUGGUUGUGGGGAUGUUCCAUCCCUCCAGCCAGUUGUGAGAACCUCUGCUGUGUCCUCAGCUGCAACCAGACCCUCAUCACUCUGGACCUGGGUGAGAAUUCCUUGGGGUAUAGUGGAGUAAAGUUGCUGUUUGAAACCUUGACACGUGCAAAUGGCACCCUCCAGACACUCAGGUUGAAAAUAGAUGACUUUACUGAUGAACUCGAUAAGCUCCUCAAAGAAAUAGAAGGCAGCAACCCACAACUGACUAUUGCUACUGAGAAUCAAGAGCCCUGGAAAAAAAGGCCUUCUUCUGGCUACUUCAUUGUCUGAAUCCCCCCCAGAGUCAUUCAUUCUCAAUGAAGCCAAGGAUUUCCCAGGUGUUGGUGAACUGCCUGUGACUCCCCCCCACACCCCACACCCACUCCUCAGGGAAAUGAGUUGAUUGCUGGGCUAGAUGUUUUAGUCAUGGUUCUGCCUCU